AUGGAGGUGAGCAGCCAAAUGUUGCAGAGAUCAUCGGUUUCGUUCCGGCGUCAGGGCUCUUCCGGACGGGUCUGGGAGAAUCUCAACGCCGACCGAAGCGGCCCGCUUUUGAACGUCAGCGACAGGAGCGGCCCGCUUCUGACCUCUUACAGCGGCCCGAUCUCCGCCGGCACUCCGACGACGGCCGGGAGAAGGAGCCACGAGAUUCAGCUGCUUCGGAACAUAAGGAGCGGCAGAGAAGAGAAGUUCCAGCCCUCGCACGAGAAUCAUCGUCAUAGGGAUUCCGGCAGCGGUAGUGACGGAUUGUCAAGGGUGUCGUCUUUGCCGAUCCAGUUGCCGACCGGCGAUCAGAAGUACCGGCGGCGAAACGGAGGCGGCGCAUAUUUCUUCAUCCGGUGCUGUACGGGUUCUCCUCCCACUGCUUGA